CAAAAUGGCAGAGAUGGCGGUGGACGGGCGGGCUCAGCAACUUCUAGAUCUUCUCCUCAAAUUCUCCAUUGACAAGCUCGAUUCAGCAUGGAUAAAGAAUGUGAUAGACGCGGAUUUCACAGAGGUGGAGGAUUUGCCGCCGGAAUUCGAGGAUCUCCACUGCAGUACCAAUUUCAGUGGGUUGUUCGGCGCUGUGAUCGGGUCCUGUAGGCAGUGGAUUGACACAAUGCCAGCUCUCAACGACGACAGCGACAGGAGAGCUUCGUCGUCCAACCUGAAUAGGUCUACAGAGGAGGAGAGAGGUGAGGUCGAAGCACACACCAGAUUUUGGAUCGAUUUGUCCGAAAAUGUAAAUUUGAAAGGGUUGAUGUCUCUUCUCUUUUAUUACAUCUUUCGGGGUCAAAGGUACGAUGCCAAGGAGGAGGACCGCGAGCUGGGCAUUCAGGCCGCCAGCCUAUAUUUCCUCCUCCUCUCUGUGCCUGGAAGCAAUGCCUUCCGUGUGUUCCACCCUGUCAUGUACCUCAAAGCUCUAGACAUCCUGCGUCUGACAACCAAAUUGCGUGUGGGAGCUGUGAGCCCAAAAAAAGGGCGUCAAGGUGGUGUUAGAGGUGGUCAGAGGAAGUCACAUGAGGAACUCAUGGCAGAGAUGGAGGAUGACGACGAAGCUGAAAUAACAAUGCUUACUCCUAGUGAGGCAAACAAACUCAUUCGAUCUCUGAAUAUUCUUCUUAAUGAUUUCUUGAGGCUCUCCCAACGGUUCUCAUUGAAACAUUCACCGGAGUCAAUGGAUGAAACCAUAAGUAUUCUUGUUGAUGUGUCUCGGUCGGAGACCCAUAAUGCACAAGGAAUCUUUGUUGGCAGACAUGGCCCAGCAACUGUCACAGCAUUAGCUUACAAUGCCUAUGUGGCACUGCAGUCCAUAUGUAACCCCAUUCAUGGUAAGGUAAACAAAAUUGUUAUUAUGAUUAUGAAACACAUAAUGUACAAUAUUCUUAUGAUCAGUCGAGGGUCCUCAGACCUGUCAGCUCGAUCUUUAGGGGUUAUUCGAGACCAUUCCCUUAUUUUUGUCAAGUACAUAUUGACGCAGGUGAAGGAGGAAGCACAUGAAGGUGUUUAUAUCCUUAUCCAGCACUUGUGCAUUCAAGUACCAGACAAGGCAGAAUUUAGGCAAAAAACUGCUCAGUCUGUGGUGGAAAUCUUGCGCUACCUUCCCAUUCAGUUGUACACAAAGCUCAUGAAAUGGUUCUUCAAGUUCUCCCAUAAUGAAAAGGCAGGCCACAGGCUUUUCUUGCUUGAGGUUAUCUCAAAGAUGUUAGGUGAGGAGGAACGCCAAGCUGAGGGUUCAGAUAAUUCCCAACUGCAGAACAGCACUCAAGAGGUACAACCUCCGCUCAGAACAAUAAGAGAGGGUCAGGAGAACGAGGAAGAGUCUGAAGAUGACAAUAGCAGUAGCAGUUUUGACAAUGUCAGAGUAGAUCAUUCAAUAAGUGUCCCCCCGGAUCGAAAUAUUCUCUCCCAUAAGUUCUUAUUGAGCAUUAUAUUCUCAAGGUGCCGUGAUAGUGGAGCCACAGUCCGUUCAAAGGCAUUGGCUUUAUUGGCAGAAUGCACAUUUUCUACCAACCCAACAAUCGUGCUUGCCAUGAAGCAAAUAUUUUUCCGCUCUCGGCCGACAGUCUUUACAACUCCACACAUUGACAACAACAACAUCAAUAUUGAAUCUCCACUUGAGCUAGAAGAUGAGGAUCUUGAUUUACCAAAUGCUUCUUUGGUUGUUUCCAUGCUGCAUCGUCGGGCACUGGACGACAAGGUUACUGUACGGAAGUCAGCUCUACAGGUUUUAGAAAACUUGAUGAGAAUUGACAAUGAGAUGCUUACGGAUAAAAAUCUUGAGGUCUUAGUAGAGCACUGUAGGGACCCAGCACUGAUCAUCCGUAAGCAGAUGGUCACCUCAUUGACAACACUUGUAUUGUGUUACCCAGAACACAAUGGUGUGAUGUCAAGGUGGAUAAAAGGGGUCUUACCGCUUAUUCUUGAUCCAGAGAUGAAAGUUCAAGAGAGAGUAGUAGAGGUUCUUGAUCAACUGUUAUUCAAGCCCAUGUUACCUCAUGACCAUCCCAAGGGUAAUCUGCCUGAAAGCAAGCUACCUUGGUAUGUGCUGAGUGGCAUCACAAAAUAUUCCUUCCACAAGUUUUUCAAUAAAGCAAUCAUGAUGUGGUCCAAAACAGAAUAUGUAAGACCUCAAGUUGCCACCAUUGCUCGCUCUCACAUCGGGAAUAAAUACAACGAAGAAGUCUGGACACUGUUGGCUUUGCUUUCAAACCAUAUUACUGUGAAAAAUAUUGCCUUUGCUGUGGACUAUUUUGAAGAGCAUUGCCAAGGGGAAUCACAGGUGGGUGCCUAUACCCUACAACAAGUAUUGAAAGUACUGAGCAACAGCAUCAAACAUGUACCAAACGACCGUGCUGAGGCCUUACAGAAGCAGCUUUUGGAGCCUGUCAACAAUUUCUCGGUUGGGGUUGAACUCAUAUCUUCCAUGAUGGAUACAGUUACUCUGCUUAGCUAUAAGCUCCAUGGUGAUGAGGCAGAGGGACAAAAAGCCAUAGAGAAGUGGGUGGCUCCACUUCUUAAGAUGUGUGAUGACCACUUGAAACACGUCCUGUUUGAGAAGACGGACCCCAUAGACAAAGAGGGAGAAGAGCUGCUUUUCAGACACUUGUUUACCCUGGGAGAGGCUUCGAUGCUUUGUCCUCAUAAGGUCAACAAAAGGAUGUUCUUGAUGCUGCAGAGUAUCAUAUUUCAUCAAUCAGGAAUACAGAGAACUGGGUCAACAAUUUUCCCCUCAUCCCAAACACAGAGUUCUCAGCCUACAGCCAUCACUUUUGUACCUACUACUAGAGUGCAGGCUCUGGCUGUAGUGACACUGGGCAAAAUGUGCUUGCAACAUGAAGAUCAAGCCAAACGCAUCAUCCCAGCUCUUGGGAAGAUGCUAGAUUCCAGUGCAUGCUCAUCUCUCAAGAUCAAUAUUGUCUUCACACUAUCAGAUAUGUGUGUCAGGUAUGCAACCCUAGUAGAUCCCUUGAUGCCACAAGUCACUGCUUGUCUCCGAGACCCAGAUUUGCAAGUUAGGAGGACAACUCUGACCUUACUGAUCAACCUACUGCAAGAGGAUUAUCUAAAGCUCAAAGGUUCCUUCUUUUAUAGGAUCUUACAGUGCCUUACAGAUGACCAAGAAGAGAUACGGAGCACAGUCAUUUUCUACGUUACAGAGAGGUUGCUGAAACGAUUUCCAAAGAUCCUUUGUCAGCACUUUAUUGAAUGUAUUUUCCAUUACAACUGUUAUGAGGAGCAUGAGAGUUACAACAAGUUUACCCAGAGUACUUCAGAGAAGGAGCUCUUCUCUCUUGCAGAGGAGCACCACAGAGAGGACCGACACUUGAUUUAUCGGUUUAUGCUGGAUCACAUGCCUGAUGACCAGAGAUUCACAAUUACCCAAAGACUUUGUCAAGAUGUGCUAGGGGGCAUUGUGGAUGGGCGGAUCAAGCUGACUCCUUCAAGCCUCCCGAUGCUGCAGGACACGCUGACAGUACUGAGCAGUGAUGAGAUCAAGCUGGCAUCCCUUAAGUCCAGGCCUGAGGAUGCUGACCAGCCAACUGACCAAGCUGAACAGGCAGCUAUGGCAGGAAUGGCCAUCAAGAAGACCAUAAUUUCACAGGUUGUAAAGCGCAACGUCAUUGAGAACAUCGUCCCAAUACUGAUUGCAGUAAAGCACAAGCUAGAGGAGAACCGAUCACCUUUGAUGAAGCAUCUUUUACUCUACUUAAAGGAGCUCAUGAAAGAUUAUAAAAAUGAGGUAAAGGAGAUUCUGGCUGGGGAUAAGCAGCUCGCUAAGGAAAUAGAAUUUGACCUCAGACGCUUUGAUCAAGAACAAAGAGAAGAAGCUGAAGAGCAGAGGAAUCCGCCUGUCGAAAACAAUAGAAUUGAGGCUGAGAAAGAGCCUAAACAAAUUGAAGGAACUAAUGAUACUGAAACCACAGAUGGCUCACAUGCCCUGCCAAAGCGGCAAGAAGUACCACAACAGCAAGCAAGUCCAAAACCUUCUUUGAUGACACCUUUGAACAUUGCAGGCAAAACUCCCUUGGCAGCAAAGAAUGACCUUCUUAGGCUAGCCCUUUUGAAUAACAAAACAUUAGCAGCAAGACGUAAAAGUAUUGCUGCAGCACCAGAAACAGAGGCAGAAGUCAAUAGUGUGUCAAGUAUUAUAAAAGGCCGCAGAGCAAGUGUUGCUGAUUUCAGAGAGAAGAGUGAUGAGGAAAUUGUUUUCAACACCAGUAAUGCAAACAAUACUCAUGUUGACCCUCGCCCCAUUGAAAGUGUACCUGCUGAAGACAAUGAUGAAACUCUAAAGGUUACUCCAAAGAAAAGUAAAGAUUCACAGAAAUCUAGGGAAGAGUUAUUACGUGCUAUUAGUACACCUCAAGCUCACCAGAGUGUCAUCAGUAAUAUUACUUUCAUGAAUGAGACUCAGGAUGUUAGUGCUAUCAGCAUAGAUUCAACCAUAAACUCACAUUCUGAAGGAAGCAAUAAUGCUGACAAGCCAAAGCUGUUACUGCACCUUAAAAGUCCAGAGGCUUAUGCCAAAGAAUCUGACUUUAGCCAGUUACGCAAAGGUCCAAGACGAGAGGUCAAUUCGAAAAAGGAGCUUACCAAAAAAAGUGAAAAGUCUGUAAGAUGUGCCUUGUUUGAGUCUGCUACCAAUGUGUCAGAGAGCGAGGAUGAUGAUUCGAUUGUACCAAACCGAAAGCAUACUUCCUUUGUCAACACAAACAAGCCAGAGGCAAGAGGAAAAGUUAAGAGAACAAGGGACAUGGCAUCGCUUAGUCCAGAUCCAAAGAAGAGCGAGAAUGACAAGAAAGAACCUGAUGUCACAUACAAGAAACCCAGUCAAAAACGCAGUAGGGUUAAAACCAAAUAAACUCAUUUUGGUUGUUUGGGUUACUAGAUUAGAAAGUAUAUACUGUGCAUUUCAGAAUAACUGUUUUCAUUUGUAUUUAUCCAUUUUUCCCCAUCUUUUUGUUUUUGCUUUGGAAGUCAUUAGUAAUUUUUAUAAUUGUUGAUAUUUAAAGGAAUUAUUUGGAUUCCAUUUUAUCAAGUGAAAUGUGAAUUGGAUUUCUAUUAAAAUGGUCUGCUUUCCCUAAAGCUGUAUUUGAUAUACAGCAGUACUGAAAAGUAGCUUAUUAUGCAAGUAAAUGAGUAUAGUGACUUGUCUGAGUAGGAUUUCCUUUUAGAUUCUAUUUAUCAUCUAUAUUUCUUGUUUUUUUCUUUUUCCACAUAUUUUGAGAAAUAAUUUUAGAUAAGGAAAAGCUGUACAAAGUUUAAAGAUGCAACCACAUAGAUACACAUAGUAUAAAUAACCAAUAAUACAAAUAUAUUUCUGCUUAAUAUUUUGAGCAUACUAUAGAGGUCUGUGAUACCAAGUAUGAUAUUUUUCUUAUAUAACGGUUAACAUGUAUAUAACUAAAGUAUUUUUUGUAAUUUUGUAUAUUGAAUGUACCAGUCUGCUAUCUAUAAGUGUACAUGAGAUAAAAAAUUUAAAAUCUUUUGUGCAGCUCGGCCAGAAUGUGUUUUGGUCCCCACGGCUCCACCCUGUAUUGUUCCAUGGGCACUGUAAAAUUAGUAUUGAAUGUCUCUGUAUGAGCACACAUUGUGCAUGAAUAUAGCAGAUAAGAAUACAAUUAAAAGUGUGUACACUUUAAAGUAAAAUGGUCAUGGAUGAGAUUUCACAUACAAAGUUAGAAGUCUGGUGAAUGUAUAUUUAUUUACUGAUGCUAAUAAAAGCAUUUCUAAAUU